GCCUCGGAGCUCGGAUCGUCUGGCACAAAUGGGCGAUCACAUGAGACUGGCUCGGGCUCUCGCACACCGAGCGAGACGAUUAAAGCUCCCCAAAGCGAGGCCUCGACGACCCAUGAAGCUCGCCAGUCCAAUGCUUCAAUUACUGCCGAGCCUGUUAAAGCAUCUGGUGAUGCUUCGAUUCCCACACUCCCAGAUAGCGUGAAGCCGACUCCCGGCGUCCCUGAGACCGCGGGUACAGAUUGGAUUAUUGUUGAACAUGAAUGUAGACCUGGACCCUUGAGCGAUGCCAUACGUUCUUGCAGCAUGAUGGAGAACGCCAGGCAAUUAGCACUGGAGUGCCCUGAGCUAUCUGCACGGGUGGCCCCCAGGCAAUUUGCACUCGAGGGUCUCAAGGCGCUGGAAUUACACCUCAGCACGAAGCGCCCGGGGGAGUAUCAACUCGUUAAGAAGAAGAUUGACGAGAUGCUCACGCAUUCAGUACGGCAGAAGACCGACUGUCCUCACAAGAUUCUUGCCGCAGCACUGGCCUACAUCGGGCUGUGCUGCAGUAGUUUUAUCGCCUGUGACACCACCAAUGGUGGGGAGGACGUUGCAUUAAUAUUAUUCGUAGAGCGCGGGAUCCGACUAUGGGCCCUCGCUCAAGUCGAGCUCGAACCUGGCUCACUAGGACCCGCUGGGAUCAUAGACCCAAGGGUUUAUGUGGAGGCUUUCGAAGAUCUCUGUACUCACAUCAAAUCCUUGCGGAAGGCUAUUAGUAAAGAGACCGACCUGAAAACUCGCGGGAAACUCAAGUUCACGCUAGGGCUCCUCGACGAAAUCCUGGAGGGUUUGGCCCAUAAACUUAAACCAACGGGCUAAGUCGGUGUUACGCACUCAAGACGGAUGCGCCAUUUGAGACGUGCAGGAGCACAACUUGUUUACAUUUUUGUUUCAUCCACAUGUGCGUCAAUUAGCAAACCGUGUAAAGAGACUUGUUUGGAUACACAGGUACGCCUGGAUGCUCGGCUAGGGUCUCCGGAGUUCAUUUCGUCGGAGAGUGCUUCGGUCUGAAGCAUUUUCUUACCAAAUUUAUUGUCCCUGAUGGCUCCAUUCAACGGUGCACAAGCCUGGGUCUUGGAUGGAAAUAUGGUGGAGUUCAAUCCGCUAGAGUCUAGGCUGGAUGUGCACGGCUGAUCAUGUGCUGGUCGACGCGGCUGGGAAGUAUGUCGAAACUGAUAUGUCGACAAUGUGGGUGGCUAAGGUUCUCCAAUCGAGAAUGAAUGGGCGUGUUCAG